GACUUCCUGUUAUUCCCUCGUUGGAAUGGAGAUUUCUUCCCACCAGUUUCACCUCCUAGAGCAGCUAAAUGAGCAGCGGAAGCAGGAUUUGUUUUGCGACUGCAGUAUCCUGGUUGAGGGGAAGGUCUUCAAAGCCCAUCGCAAUGUGCUGUUCGCCAGCAGUGGCUAUUUCAAAAUGCUCCUUUCACAGAGUUCAAAAGACACCAGCCAGCCAACAACAGCUACUUUUGAGGUCUUCUCUCCAGAGACAUUUAUGGUUAUUUUGGACUUUGUAUAUUCAGGCAUAUUGUCUUUAACUGGUCAAAAUGUCAUUGAAGUCAUGUCAGCUGCUAGCUAUUUGCAGAUGACAGAUAUUCUUAAUGUCUGUAAGACGUUCAUUAAAUCCUCCCUGGACAUUAAUGAGAAGGAAAAGGAUCGUUACCUUAGCCUUUCAGUCAAAGGUACAAACAAUGAACCUGCUCACCCACCUCCUUAUCGGUCAAGAAGGAAAGCAAAGAGCAACCCAAAACGCUCCCAUUUAACUCCAGAUGAAAAGGCAAGUAUGGUGAAUGAAAAUUCCUGGAGUAAUUACAACAACUAUCUGUCCUCACAGAUAAGUCUUCAACGGCCAGAAAUGCAGCUAUCAAAAAGAGGCCGAAAAUUGGGCCCGACAAGAAAGCGCCAAAAACAUCUAGGACUGUCACAGAGCCGUGAUUUUGUGCACUAUAAAUCAAACAAAAGUGAGCGGACUAGCAGAGGUGGUAAUGCAUCAGAUUCUAGCCACACCUCUGGGGAAAGAGGGGAGAAUGAAUUUGAUGCUGACAAUGAUGUUGAUCAUGAUGAUUAUGGAGAUAACCAAGAAUCAGAAGUUAUACCAAAGAGGUGGUCUGUUGCUCAGCUAGAACAAGAACUUUCAAGAAAUUCUCCUGAGUUAAUGGAAUUAAAAGCAGAUGAGCUGUAUACGUCAAUGCCCACAAUUUUAGGUGUAAUGAGUAGUUGGAAUGAAGAUGAUCUACCUCGGAUGCGAUUCAAGUGCCCCUUCUGCACUCACACAGUGAAACGGAGGGCAGACCUAAAGCGUCAUCUUCGGUGCCACACGGGGGAGCGACCGUAUCCAUGUGAAGCGUGCGGGAAAAGGUUCACCCGACUGGAGCAUUUACGUAGCCACUUCCAAACAAUACAUCAAGCUGGCAAGCUAAUCUGCAGAAAAUGCAAGCGCCACGUAACCGACCUCACGGGAUGUGUGGUUCAGCAAGGAACGAGGCGCUACAGACUGUGCCACGAGUGCCUGGCAGAAGCCAGCUUUGACAGCGUCCCCGAGGACGUGGAUGCAGAGCAUUCCCUCGUCACCUUUCCAGGAAACACACAUUCCCAAUGGGCUUUGGAGGAAGAGCAGAAAUCAGAUGAAGAGACAAUGGGGGAGGAACCUUAUAAUUUGGUUAUCCAACGUGUUGAUGAUGAUAUUUCAGAUGAGGCAGAUGGUAAAGGGAAACCAAAUCUUAGGUAGAUAUAUUUAUAUGUUUGUUUUUCCUAUAUUCAAGAUUAAAUUACUAGUAUCCUGCCAACUAGCACUGGUUUAUUAGUUUUGUUAAUAAAACUUUAGGGAUAUUUGACUCUAUGAAAAGCAAAAUAAGGUCU